AAAAGCAACAUGCACACAUUGGGUCGACUCCAUGGCAGAUUUCAGUUCCAGAGACUGUUCUUGCCUUCUUCCUUCUCUUUCUCAUCCUCCCUAGUCUCUCCUAAACUAACCAGAGCCAGUUCCACCCGGUCAGCAGGCCCUCCUCCUUCUCAAUAUCAGGCCACUAAAACUUACUCUGACACGAGGUCUGACAUGAUGAUUGGUUCUUUAUUAUCUUCAAUGUCACGAGCAGAAUCAUUCAACUCCUCAAUGGAAAUACUGGGAAGGUACAAGGAGCCUCUCUCUGUCUUUGAUCAACUGCAAGUUUUAAAAGCCGUGUCUGAAACGAGCAUUCAGGACAAGGCCACCAAUAUGAAAUCCUCUCCGCUAAAAAGUAAUGAAAUUUUUCAAAAACUUUGCAACGACAUUAUGGGAGAUUUGCAUUUGUUCUCGUUGCCGGACCUGGUUCAACUACUCUCUUGUUUCAGCAAGUUAAGAACUAACAUUAACCCAAGAGCAGCUGACACCGUUUUAUCUUUGAUAGAAGAAAGUGGUAAAAGUCUAUCUGAACUUCCUCCUCAAGACAUUGGGUCAAUCAUCAAAUCUUUAGCUUUCUUUAACAUUAGAACAGGACGGACAGAAUUGAUUGACCAUAUUGUGGCCAUCGUUGUAUAUCAACUCACCAGUGAGACUUUUGAUUGUCAUGUCUCGCUAAGGCGGGUUUGCAGAGGUUUUGCUAUACUUGGAAGAUGGCCGAAAGAGUUAACAGAUCCACUGUUAGAGUACCUGUACAGGAGUAUUGAUGUAAUGGAUGAUUUUUCUGUAGCAACCAUUAUCUGGUCUUUGCAGAAAAGUAACAUUCCUCUUGAAGAUUGGAUCUUUGAGAAAGCAUCAACAUUAAUACUUGAAAGUGAAUCCACUAUUGUGGUAUCAUUUUUACUGUGGGUGUCAGGAAAGUCAUUGCAUUACUACAACAAAGAGUUUUACGACAAGAUGAAGGAGAUCUUAUUAUCCAGUGAUUCAGAACAUUGGUGCGACCCACGUCUAUUGUCACAUAUGCUUUGGAUGCUAGCAAAAGUGAGACAUUAUGAUCCAGUACUGUUGGACAGAGCAGCUGAAGUUGCAUUACCGCUACUUUAUAGAAUGGAGUCUCAGAGUUUAUCUCUUUUUGUGUACGUCUAUGGGUUUUUCAAUCAUCCUUCACCAGCUUUGUUUAAAGCACUUGAAGAGCUUUUGGUCUCUAAUAGAAGUACUUAUGAGCUUCAAGGUUCACAAGCUUUCACCAUCAUUUUGUGGUCCUUUCUUGUCCUUGAGUUGUAUCCAGUACCUUUGAUUGAGCAGGUUUUCAAAGACGAAUUUAUAAAAGCUAACAAUUACUACCUCCCUGAUGUACUACAGCUGGACAAUGCAUCAAUGACUAACCCCCACCUCUCCCUUCCCUCUCUCUCUCCUUCUCAACGUUCCUCCAUUUUAUCACAAACACUGACAGAAAAGCCCAUUAGAAAAUCAACAUUUGAUAAGAUUGUUACAGAAUCACUAAACAAGUUACUUCACUCCUUAAAGGGCGACACAAGUAACUUAUUUAAUGCUGAGAAGCUUCUAAUUCCAAAAGCUCGGAUGCCUAAUGGCUACACUGUUGAUGCUGAGAUCUUGUUAGACGAAAAUGGUGUUCCUAUACCAUCUGGGAAUGAGAAUUUUAAAUGGAGUCUAGCUGGUUUGAAACAGCUCUGCAUGGAGGAUGUGCCUGUUCCUUGGAAAAGGUUAUCCAGAAUAUUUAAUUAUACUAAGAAUAAAGGUGAAGGGCUGUAUAAUAUAUCCAGUGGAUGGACUGAUGGAGGGAGAGUUGCAGCUGCUAAAAGGAGAAUAAUAAUUGAGUUUGAAGGCCCGUCUCAUUAUGCUGCCAAUAUUAACCAUGAGCUUGGAAGAAUUGUCAUAAAGAGGAGGCAGCUGGAAACCUUUGGCUGGGAAUUUAUACAAGUCCCAUACUACGAAUGGGAGCCACUCCGUUACGACUACACACUUCAAAGUGAAUACUUGAAAAAUAAAUUGUUUACAAAGAAAAACAAUUAAGAAAUAGUCCUUAAUAAAGUUACUAAUUAAUAAUUAUUAUAGUUAA